AUGUCUCUACAAUUUACAAACCAGCCCCCCGCGUCGCGGGUGCCAUAUGCCAUCCCUCAAUUGGAGGGAGAGCGGAUCACAAUCCCGGGUAGCAAAGGUGUAUUCCGCAUCCUGACUUCUGCAAAGCAAACCGGUGGAUUGAUGGCCGUGUUCACAAGCGGUGCUGUUCUUUCCGACGCUCCUGGCUUCCACUACCACGACCACGCACACGAUGUUUUCUUGGUCACAAAAGGAUUCUUGAAGCUCUAUAAUGGAGACCAAUGCCGUAUUAUGGGCCCGGGCGACUUUGCCUAUGUUCCUCCGAAAAUCAUUCAUAUGCCCGAUAUGAUCGGCCCCCAUACUGAGCUUCAAGGCUUGAUUACUCCCGGUGACUGGGUCGACUUUUUCCGUCAUGUGUCAGAGCCCUAUGAGGGAGUUCUCGUUCCUGAAAAUGAUAAUCGGGAUUUGAAAUCUCUUCUUAUUCCCAAGGUUAUGGCCGCUAAGGGGCAGUUCGAUGUCGUUUUCCAGCCACACCAUGUGCCCCCGCCAGUUUCUGAAUGGAAGAAGGAAGAUGAGAAGUUACCGGAUGGCCCGGCAGGAUACUUCCUGCGUGCUAACACCGGUCCUAAGUGGAUGCUCGGAGGUGUGAUGUCUCGUCCAUUUGUCACUACAACACAGAGCUCUGGAGUUUGUGCCAUCUCCAGCAUUGAGUCUUCUAAGGAUUAUGGGGAGACUGUGUUCUCCAGGCAUAUGACUUUCCCCACUGUGGACCACUGCUUCCUGAUUAUGGAGGGUGCGCUCCGGGUUAAGCUACAAGGUGCUGAUGAUGCUGUCUUCCGCGAGGGUGAGACCGUUGUCAUUCCUGCUGGGCAGGCAUUCUCGCUCGUCUUUGAGAGCAAGUUUGUCAAGUUCCACUCUUUCAGUGAUGGCGAUGGUAUCGAGUCAUUGAUCCACGCUGCUGGCAAGCCGUUCGAGGGCGCAGUCUUGCCCGAUCAGGCACCAGCAUAUGAACAGUCUGACGUGCAUUCAGCUGCAGCUCGUCUGAAUGUGACAUUUUAG